CACUUGAAAUUUGAAGAUUGAAGGAAGAAAACUCCCAACAUUAUUCUCUCGGAGAGAAGCGGUUCGUGUACGGAAAUGGGUGUGAAAUAGUAAUUAUUAGUUCGUUUAAUUAAAGUUAAACGAAUUAACAGCGCGGGGACGGCUGAAUCUUCGAACAAGUGACUACAAAGGACAACAAUACACAACAGACCGCAGCACUCCAGACUGAGUGGAGCCAACAACUUGUGAGACGUUCCAGAGCCGCAGCACGACCACCGAGCUGGAGGACAUGGCACGGGGAGACGGAGGGAAGAAGCGGUGGAAAACGAGAGAAUGUCUUUAAGAAAGUAGGAAGUACCGCCUAAACGUUUCAAGAAAACUCUUGACCGUGACAUGCGCGCAUUUUUAGAAGAAGGCUGGUGCAGCUGAACCCUGGCUGUGCAUGGUUGGACAAGUCAAUCCAGAGAGUAGUUGGGAAUUGUUGUUGAAGUAGUCACAUCCUUAUUUCUUAGCUUGUCAACUGGCACUGGUGAGACCUGCUGUAGCGUGUCAGUUCGACAGAGGUCCUGAUCUCAGCUUCUGCAGCCUGCACCCCCUCCUUCCAUCAGUGGUGGUGACCCAAGUCCGGACAGCUUGCUGCAGGGCCCUUCCUGAGCAGCAGCAGCUGCGUCCUGCUUGCUGACUCCCCUCCCUCCCCUGUUUCCUGUCCUUGGUUAGACAAGGCUAAAGCCUCCUCUCCCCUACCCCACCCCUCAUCUCUGCUGGCCUCUUACACACACACACACACACACACACACAUAUACUCACACACACACACAUACUCACACUCACACUCACUCACACACACACACACACACACUCACUCACACUCACUCGCAUUUACACACUCUUUUUAGGCUACUAUCAUUAGUUGGAGAUCAACAGCAGGGGACUUGUAGAUCCUUAGUCCACCUGGAGCUGCCACUGCAGAAGUCCUUCUACAUACACUACAGCCUACAGCAUGACCUCCAUGUCCAGUCUUUUCUCCUUCACAAGCCCAGCAGUCAAGCGCCUGCUUGGCUGGAAGCAGGGAGAUGAGGAGGAGAAAUGGGCUGAAAAGGCAGUGGAUGCACUGGUGAAAAAGCUGAAAAAGAAGAAAGGUGCCAUGGAGGACCUGGAGAAAGCUCUGAGCUGCCCUGGACAGCCCAGCAAAUGUGUUACCAUUCCAAGAUCAUUGGAUGGCCGGCUACAGGUUUCCCACAGGAAAGGUCUGCCUCACGUGAUCUACUGCAGAGUGUGGCGCUGGCCAGACCUGCAGUCCCACCAUGAGCUCAAGCCCCUGGAGGUGUGCGAGUAUCCAUUUGGCUCCAAACAGAAGGAGGUCUGCAUCAACCCAUAUCACUACAAGCGUGUGGAGAGUCCUGUGCUCCCUCCUGUCCUGGUACCACGGCACAGCGAGUUCAACCCACAGCAUAGCUUGCUGGUACAAUUCCGCAAUCUCACCCACAACGAGCCACAUAUGCCCCUGAACGCCACCUUUCCAGAGUCCUUCCAGCAGCCACACAGCGGUGGUGGCAGCAGCACCGGCGGAGGAGGUGGAGGCGGUUCUUUUCCCAUCUCUCCCAACUCUCCGUAUCCUCCGUCUCCAGCCAGCAGUGGUACUUAUCCAAACUCUCCUGCCAGCUCGGGGCCCUCCAGUCCUUUCCAGCUCCCAGCUGACACCCCUCCCCCAGCCUACAUGCCUCCUGAUGAGCAGCUGGGCCAGGAGAACCAGUCCAUGGAAACAAGCAGCAGCUUGGUGCCGCCUAACAUGGCCAGAGGAGAUGUGCAACCAGUGGAGUAUGAAGAGCCAAGCCACUGGUGCUCUAUUGUCUACUAUGAACUCAACAAUCGUGUGGGUGAGGCUUACCAUGCCUCGUCAACCAGCGUGCUGGUGGAUGGCUUCACUGACCCUUCAAACAACAAGAACCGCUUCUGCCUUGGACUGCUGUCCAACGUCAACCGCAACUCGACAAUUGAGAACACCCGCAGACACAUUGGGAAAGGAGUGCACCUGUACUAUGUGGGAGGGGAGGUGUACGCAGAAUGCCUCAGUGACACCAGCAUUUUUGUCCAGAGUCGCAACUGUAAUUACCACCACGGUUUCCACCCCACCACUGUGUGCAAAAUCCCCAGUGGAUGUAGCCUCAAGAUUUUCAACAACCAGGAGUUUGCUCAGCUUCUGGCCCAGUCAGUCAACCACGGCUUUGAAGCCGUUUACGAGCUUACUAAGAUGUGUACCAUUAGAAUGAGCUUUGUCAAGGGCUGGGGAGCUGAAUAUCACCGACAGGAUGUCACCAGCACCCCCUGCUGGAUCGAGGUGCAUCUGCAUGGGCCCCUCCAGUGGCUAGACAAGGUGCUAACACAAAUGGGUUCGCCUCUCAACCCAAUCUCCUCUGUGUCCUAAUGAUGGACCUGUGGGAGCUUUGGGGAGAUCCUUUCUACGAUUUUUUUUUUUUUUUAAACUUUUCUUUUCUCCCCUUCAGUGAUUUAUAAUUUAAGGUGGUCUUAAUGGCUGAACUGUUUACACUUAACUUUGGGAAGGGACACUGAACUUCGGCUGGAAAUUCAACAUCAACAGCCGAAAUGAGUUGCUGAAACAUAAUAACGUUCCAAGAAAAUACCUGAAGAUUGAAAGGAAUGAUGAAUGCCCAAUUAGCAGUAAUAACAUGGACACACUACUGCUUGACAGUGCUCCAGUACCUGCAAGAAUUGAAGGCUCCAUUGCUGAGCUAGAAUCAGUCAGAUGUUAAUUUUUGCAUCAAGUUUUAUUGUUUUCUCAAAUGUUUUUAUUUCUCUGUAUUUGUAGUUUUUAAAGAAGCAGAACAGUUUCACUACUCUGCCUUAUGUCCGACAGAUAAAUUGGAAUUUUACUCAACACUUUUCUUACAUCGUUGUCUCAAUGUCAGAUAUUUACGAUAAGAUAUAGACACGAUUAUGUUUACCAUUAGGCUCAGAUAUAACAAAUGCUUUUUUUUAAUAGUCUCUUCUGCUAGAAUUGAACACUGAGCUACUGCCUUUAAGAGAAGGUUUUGUAUGCCAACCUGAUAGUUUUUGAUAUGGGAGAUCAAUCACUGAAUGAGUUUAACAUGCCAUAAGCUAACAACAUUGUGAAUGUUACAUCUAUUGCAAUAGAAUUAGUCAUGUAUGAUAUAAUCAGACGGUGGACAUUAUCAUUAUUGAUUCUUGUUUGUACUCUCGAGUUCAAGUAAGAUUGACUGUAUUUUCCAUACUCACUGUAUUAACAAUAUUGUGCACUCAUGGAUUUUGUGGAGGCAUAUUAAAUCUUGGCAUGGGUACCAAGGCAUUAUGUUGAUAGAUAAUUGACUCCAUUAGCUCAAUCAAAUAAACAGGUUACAUGGUAACAGUGA